UUUUUUUUUUUUACCCUUUGUGCUUUUUUUUAGACCCUGAUUCAAGAUGGGCGAUGGCGCAGUUUAUAGACCGGAUGCAUAUGCGACAAAAGCAUGAGGGCUGGCGAGUCUGUUUCAAAUCUUCUAUUGUUGGAUUGGUUUCUAUUGGCAUUAUUAGCAUGGGCAUCGUUGGGCAUCUAUGACUUCAUGCAUUGGGGAGGCUGUUUGUGUUUGUCAUUUCACAUUUGUUUGGUUACUGCGCUUAUUAUAUCCCAACUCUUCAAGAGUCCGAUAAGAGAACUCCGUUCCUAGGAAAUUGAAGUGGAAAUGAGAAACAUCUCCACAACACAAUCCAAAGAUUUCGAGGCAAAUCAAAGACAG